GGAAACAUCGAUGUAUCCGAUGCAUCGGUUAUAGCAUCAACACAUGACGGGCGAAGAUACCAAUGAUCCGGAGUGUCAUAACUCGAAUAAUGAAGAAUACUUCAUACCAGGAGCAGAGGAAUUGGAAAGCCUCUAUUUGAUGCUGGAGAAAGGCACUAUUCCGGAGCUACAGUGGCAAUUUCCCGGCCGCCAAACAAUAAAUACGGAAACUACUGGGUCAACGUCCAAAAUCGAACCUGCCACAACUACAAAUGCUGAAACAGAGCCGGCCGCUAAAAAUGAUUUUGACUUUAGCGACGAUAUAGCCCAGCCUCAAAUGCGAGUAAGAAGUCAAAAUUCGACGCCAAAAUCUACGAAAAAGAAAAUUGCAAAUUUUGCGGGUGUCAUGGAGGUACUGAAAAAGAAGAACGCCGAGGGAUCUUCAUAAAAAAACAAUAAGGAAAGGGGUGCGGGGGGUUGUGGGGAUGAAACAGUUAUUCCAAUCUGCAUAGAUAGGAUUCGUGCUCAUGUU